GCGGCGAUAGAUAAAUUUUCCCAUAGAAAUUGAAGAAAAUCAAAUCACUUUUUCUCUCUCUCUUCAAUCAAUAUUUCUAUUAAUUAAUUGUCAAGAUUUAAUCUAAUUCUCUGUUGAAUAAAGUGAAACAAUCAAUUCUAAUCACACCCUCUGUAUCUCCAUGUAGAUGAUCAUGUUAUCCCUACACAUCAGCUGAUCUUCAGUUGACUUUCUGGUUCUCAAUUAUGUUUACACAUUAGAAGUGAUUUCAUUUUCUUAUUUAAUUGCAAUAUUUAUUUCUGGUCAAUGUGUUUCUAAUUUAUUUUAGAUAAUUAAUAUAUCAUCAUCAUCAUCAUCAUCAUCUUUUUGUUAACAAGUGUAAAAAUUUAAUUACAAUUAAAUUACUGUGAUAAUCAGAAAGGAAAACGCAAACAAGUAGAAAAGGAGAAAAGCAAAUUAACCCAAAAGAUAUAAUUUUCCAAGAGUGUAACUUUCAACUGGUUUUCUGGUUUCAAUCAGAUGAGAACAAUUUAUUUGGUCAAUUUAGAUUAACCUGAUUUAAAUUGCUGGUGUUUAUCCAUUUUCUUGACUGUGUUAACCUACCUGUAUUUAUGUAUAAUUAUCUCUCUUUCAUUUUCUCUAUCCACCUUUAAUCUGAAACAAUUUUCCAUCUAUUUUCAUGGUCACUCCUGUUGUAUAAACUUGAAAAUCACCAUCAUAACAAUCAUUGGAUUUUACUGAUAAUUAUUGGUUAAUUAGCUGAAUAUUUUAGACCAAUUUGAUUGACAAUCCAUUACAACACAAUUGGAAACAUUUUCAACGGUCUCAAUUGGCUUGUUCCCUCACCACCUCAAGUACAAUUUAACCAAAUUGUUUGUUCAUCAUGAAUCCAACAAUGAAUCUCAAUUUACAAGCAAUGUUACGAUACAGUGAACUGCUCUUGGAACCAGAGGUCAAGAAGAUACAAUUAAAUGAUUGGCUGGACAGUUACAACAUAGCCAAAGAUGGACACCUAAAGCAUAUAUUGAAAAAGUGUCUACCUCGAGUUGAUUCAUUAGAACCAACAAUUAUAAUCAAUUCAGUUGAAACUGAUUGUAUCUAUGAAAGAUGUGACCUUUUACUUGAACUGUUAAAAAGCCAAGAAUCAGCUAAAGAAUUGAUAUUUGAAUGGUUAACCGAGCAAAUUAUUAACGAUCCAAGUAUUUUAAUCAAGAUUGAUUGUCCAAAUCAUUGUGUUUGCAGUUUAAAUACUCUUGGUAUUGGUUUAAUUGGUAAAGGUAUCAAAUGGCCCACCCAUUUAAGUGUCAAGCUACUCAAAAGUUUCAACAAUCAACAACGAUGUGCUCUUAACACUUAUCUUGAUCUAUUAACUGUUUCCAUUGAAUCAAAUAUAGACAAUUAUUAUUAUAUUGAGCAACUUUUCACUGAAUUAAUUGGUAAAUUAAAGCCAGCUGAUUAUAUUAACCUGGAUGGUACAAUUGAUGAUAAACCCGAGAUUAUAUUCAAUGGGAUAUCUGAUUGUCUUUUGUUGAGAAAAUUUUUACUCAAUCAUUUGAUGGUUUUAACUCGACUUGAUCUUAAUAUCUUUCUGGUUGAUUGUGUUGACCAACAAUUAAUGGCAAUUGAAGAGUUGGCUUCCAAUUCAAUCCAUUGGUCAUUUCAUCCGCUUGUUGAUCUUUACCUUGAAAAUGAUUCGAUGCUGUUGAAAUGUCUUUACACUGUCGUUGAAUUGCAAGGUUUCAUUAUUAGAAAUGAAUUAGCAGCUCAUCAGUUUGUUGAAUCUUUUGUUGAUUCAGUUAAUCAUGAUACUGGAAUUAUCAUUGAUUGGUUAUCAUCCGAUUCUGAGAUUGCUGAUUUAACCCUUCGAUUCCUGUUGAUUUACCUUAAACUGCCAAACAUUCAAACUAAAACUUCACCUUUGGUUAAAAUUUUCUUCACCCAAUUGUUGACCAGAAUUGAAAAUCUAUGGAGAAAUAAAUUGUUCCCUUACAAUCCAAGUGCCUUAUUAAAGUAUCAGGAGAAAUUUAAUUCAGACCAAACCAACAAUUUAAAUGGAGAAAAUAACUAAACUUUCUUGAUGAUGGUAACAAUUUUCUCAAUCUUGGAUUCUAAAUGAUGAGAUACAAUUUUCAAAAUCUUGAUUUGAUUUUCUAAUCAACCAAUUGCUGUGGGAAUUGAUGUUUUUUUUACCUCCAAUAAUCAACAACUCAAUUUAUCGUCAACGUGUAAACAAUUAACCAUUAGUUAAAUCACCUUGAAUUCAACAAAAUCAGUCAUAUGAAAACCAUGGAUUUUUAUUUAUCAUCUUUAUUGUGAAACACUUUUUCUCUGUAAACAAAUAACAAUUUACAACAAUCAAAUGCGAAAAAUGAAUCAAUUCAAUUGUACUAAUCAAUGUAAUAGGUUUUUUUUACUCAGUCUAACUAAUUAUCAAGACCAGUAUUCAAUUUAAAUGUCUCGUUCAAACUAAAUUAACAAAGAUUCAAUUC